AUGAUCACAUCAACGCCCUCCGUGGGUAAAGCUGGCCUGACUGUGAGGCCCUCCGUGGGUAAAGCUGGCCUGACUGUGAGGCCCUCCGUGGGUAAAGCUGGCCUGACUGUGAGGCCCUCCGUGGGUAAAGCUGGCCUGACUGUGAGGCCCUCCGUGGGUAAAGCUGGCCUGACAGUGAGGCCCUCCGUGGGUAAAGCUGGCCUGACUGUGAGGCCCUCCGUGGGUAAAGCUGGCCUGACUGUGAGGCCCUCCGUGGGUAAAGCUGGCCUGACUGUGAGGCCCUCCGUGGGUAAAGCUGGCCUGACAGUGAGGCCCUCCGUGGGUAAAGCUGGCCUGACUGUGAGGCCCUCCGUGGGUAAAGCUGGCCUGACAGUGAGGCCCUCCGUGGGUAAAGCUGGCCUGACUGUGAGGCCCUCCGUGGGUAAAGCUGGCCUGACAGUGAGGCCCUCCGUGGAUAAAGCUGGCCUGACUGUGAGGCCCUCCGUGGGUAAAGCUGGCCUGACAGUGAGGCCCUCCGUGGGUAAAGCUGGCCUGACAGUGAGGCCCUCCGUGGGUAAAGCUGGCCUGACAGUGAGGCCCUCCGUGGGUAAAGCUGGCCUCGACUCUGGCCUGACUGUGAGGCCCUCCGUGGGUAAAGCUGGCCUGACAGUGAGGCCCUCCGUGGGUAAAGCUGGCCUGACAGUGAGGCCCUCCGUGGGUAAAGCUGGCCUGACAGUGAGGCCCUCCGUGGGUAAAGCUGGCCUGACUGUGAGGCCCUCCGUGGGUAAAGCUGGCCUGACUGUGAGGCCCUCCGUGGCCUGGGGGGGGGGGGGGGGGGGGGGGGGGGGGGGGGGGGGGGGGGGGGGGGGGGGGGGGGGGGGGGGGGGGGGGGGGGGGGGGGGGGGGGGGGGGGGGGGGGGGGGGGGGGGGGGGGGGGGGGGGGGGGGGGGGGGGGGGGGGGGGGGGGGGGGGGGGGGGGGGGGGGGGGGGGGGGGGGGGGGGGGGGGGGGGGGGGGGGGGGGGGGGGGGGGGGGGGGGGGGGGGGGGGGGGGGGGGGGGGGGGGGGGGGGGGGGGGGGGGGGGGGGGGGGGGGGGGGGGGGGGGGGGGGGGGGGGGGGGGGGGGGGGGGGGGGGGGGGGGGGGGGGGGGGGGGGGGGGGGGGGGGGGGGGGGGGGGGGGGGGGGGGGGGGGGGGGGGGGGGGGGGGGGGGGGGGGGGGGGGGGGGGGGGGGGGGGGGGGGGGGGGGGGGGGGGGGGGGGGGGGGGGGGGGGGGGGGGGGGGGGGGGGGGGGGGGGGGGGGGGGGGGGGGGGGGGGGGGGGGGGGGGGGGGGGGGGGGGGGGGGGGGGGGGGGGGGGGGGGGGGGGGGGGGGGGGGGGGGGGGGGGGGGGGGGGGGGGGGGGGGGGGGGGGGGGGGGGGGGGGGGGGGGGGGGGGGGGGGGGGGGGGGGGGGGGGGGGGGGGGGGGGGGGGGGGGGGGGGGGGGGGGGGGGGGGGGGGGGGGGGGGGGGGGGGGGGGGGGGGGGGGGGGGGGGGGGGGGGGGGGGGGGGGGGGGGGGGGGGGGGGGGGGGGGGGGGGGGGGGGGGGGGGGGGGGGGGGGGGGGGGGGGGGGGGGGGGGGGGGGGGGGGGGGGGGGGGGGGGGGGGGGGGGGGGGGGGGGGGGGGGGGGGGGGGGGGGGGGGGGGGGGGGGGGGGGGGGGGGGGGGGGGGGGGGGGGGGGGGGGGGGGGGGGGGGGGGGGGGGGGGGGGGGGGGGGGGGGGGGGGGGGGGGGGGGGGGGGGGGGGGGGGGGGGGGGGGGGGGGGGGGGGGGGGGGGGGGGGGGGGGGGGGGGGGGGGGGGGGGGGGGGGGGGGGGGGGGGGGGGGGGGGGGGGGGGGGGGGGGGGGGGGGGGGGGGGGGGGGGGGGGGGGGGGGGGGGGGGGGGGGGGGGGGGGGGGGGGGGGGGGGGGGGGGGGGGGGGGGGGGGGGGGGGGGGGGGGGGGGGGGGGGGGGGGGGGGGGGGGGGGGGGGGGGGGGGGGGGGGGGGGGGGGGGGGGGGGGGGGGGGGGGGGGGGGGGGGGGGGGGGGGGGGGGGGGGGGGGGGGGGGGGGGGGGGGGGGGGGGGGGGGGGGGGGGGGGGGGGGGGGGGGGGGGGGGGGGGGGGGGGGGGGGGGGGGGGGGGGGGGGGGGGGGGGGGGGGGGGGGGGGGGGGGGGGGGGGGGGGGGGGGGGGGGGGGGGGGGGGGGGGGGGGGGGGGGGGGGGGGGGGGGGGGGGGGGGGGGGGGGGGGGGGGGGGGGGGGGGGGGGGGGGGGGGGGGGGGGGGGGGGGGGGGGGGGGGGGGGGGGGGGGGGGGGGGGGGGGGGGGGGGGGGGGGGGGGGGGGGGGGGGGGGGGGGGGGGGGGGGGGGGGGGGGGGGGGGGGGGGGGGGGGGGGGGGGGGGGGGGGGGGGGGGGGGGGGGGGGGGGGGGGGGGGGGGGGGGGGGGGGGGGGGGGGGGGGGGGGGGGGGGGGGGGGGGGGGGGGGGGGGGGGGGGGGGGGGGGGGGGGGGGGGGGGGGGGGGGGGGGGGGGGGGGGGGGGGGGGGGGGGGGGGGGGGGGGGGGGGGGGGGGGGGGGGGGGGGGGGGGGGGGGGGGGGGGGGGGGGGGGGGGGGGGGGGGGGGGGGGGGGGGGGGGGGGGGGGGGGGGGGGGGGGGGGGGGGGGGGGGGGGGGGGGGGGGGGGGGGGGGGGGGGGGGGGGGGGGGGGGGGGGGGGGGGGGGGGGGGGGGGGGGGGGGGGGGGGGGGGGGGGGGGGGGGGGGGGGGGGGGGGGGGGGGGGGGGGGGGGGGGGGGGGGGGGGGGGGGGGGGGGGGGGGGGGGGGGGGGGGGGGGGGGGGGGGGGGGGGGGGGGGGGGGGGGGGGGGGGGGGGGGGGGGGGGGGGGGGGGGGGGGGGGGGGGGGGGGGGGGGGGGGGGGGGGGGGGGGGGGGGGGGGGGGGGGGGGGGGGGGGGGGGGGGGGGGGGGGGGGGGGGGGGGGGGGGGGGGGGGGGGGGGGGGGGGGGGGGGGGGGGGGGGGGGGGGGGGGGGGGGGGGGGGGGGGGGGGGGGGGGGGGGGGGGGGGGGGGGGGGGGGGGGGGGGGGGGGGGGGGGGGGGGGGGGGGGGGGGGGGGGGGGGGGGGGGGGGGGGGGGGGGGGGGGGGGGGGGGGGGGGGGGGGGGGGGGGGGGGGGGGGGGGGGGGGGGGGGGGGGGGGGGGGGGGGGGGGGGGGGGGGGGGGGGGGGGGGGGGGGGGGGGGGGGGGGGGGGGGGGGGGGGGGGGGGGGGGGGGGGGGGGGGGGGGGGGGGGGGGGGGGGGGGGGGGGGGGGGGGGGGGGGGGGGGGGGGGGGGGGGGGGGGGGGGGGGGGGGGGGGGGGGGGGGGGGGGGGGGGGGGGGGGGGGGGGGGGGGGGGGGGGGGGGGGGGGGGGGGGGGGGGGGGGGGGGGGGGGGGGGGGGGGGGGGGGGGGGGGGGGGGGGGGGGGGGGGGGGGGGGGGGGGGGGGGGGGGGGGGGGGGGGGGGGGGGGGGGGGGGGGGGGGGGGGGGGGGGGGGGGGGGGGGGGGGGGGGGGGGGGGGGGGGGGGGGGGGGGGGGGGGGGGGGGGGGGGGGGGGGGGGGGGGGGGGGGGGGGGGGGGGGGGGGGGGGGGGGGGGGGGGGGGGGGGGGGGGGGGGGGGGGGGGGGGGGGGGGGGGGGGGGGGGGGGGGGGGGGGGGGGGGGGGGGGGGGGGGGGGGGGGGGGGGGGGGGGGGGGGGGGGGGGGGGGGGGGGGGGGGGGGGGGGGGGGGGGGGGGGGGGGGGGGGGGGGGGGGGGGCCUGGGUCUGGUUUGA